AUGGUAUUCACACUUUCCGUCAAAGGACAGACAGGCACGUGCGGCAUCACCACCGCUCGCUGCAAAGUGGACAGCCUUUUGGGCUUUGCUUACAGCGUUGUGUUUGUCCUGGGCUCUCUUGUUAAUACCGCGGCCCUGCGAGCUUUCAUCAUGCGACGGGCCGCCUGGACAGACACCCACAUCUACAUGUUCAACCUGGUGCUCGCCGACUCCGCCCUGCUCAUCUGCAUUCCCUUUCGGAUCUACCAUUCUUUCUUUUGCCUCGACAAGACUCUGUUGUGCACCUUUCUGAUUUACAUCCAUUUCAUCAACAUGUACUCGAGCAUCCUGACCACGACGGCCAUCAGCGUCCACCGCUACUUGGCUGUCAGGUUCCCGUUGUGGGUGAGGUCUUGGAGAAGGAAGAAGGAGACGGCCUUUGCCGCGUGCGUCCUCAUUUGGCUCUCUCUGCUGACGAUGGCCGCCGUAUUCCGACAGGAGAAUCAUCCUCGCAAUCUGUGGACGUGCUUUGAGAGAUGUAAAGAUCAACCUUUGCAUUUCAAAUUUGUCACCAUUCUCUUCUUUCUCGGCUUCUUCGGCCCUCUUCUGAUCAUUGCGUUUUGUUCCGGUCGGAUUAUCGGUAUUUUGUUAAAGGCAGAUGGCGAGCCAUCCCCGCUGCAAAGAAGCAUUGUUGGCAUAGUAACAGCAAACAUGGCGGUGUUCAUCGUCUGCUACACACCAAUCCACGUUGGCUUUGUGGUGAACUAUUUCUACUACGCACCUGCAAACUGGACGUCGCUCUACCUCCCCGCACAUUCAUAUUUACGUGUCUCCGAGUGGAUUUCCUCCACAAACUGCUGCCUGGAUUCAAUUAGCUAUUAUUUCUUGUUGAAAAAGUUGUAGCAGUCAGUCAGUGGAAGAAGAGUUGAGAUAACGUGUUUGACUGUCGCUGGAUUUCAUGUACUGUACUGCUUUUCUCUAUUUUGGAGACGUUAUCAAAUCGCGGUUGAAAAGUUGGCAUCAGUUUGGUGGGUGUGUUGCCCAUAAUUAGGACCAGUCCAGAAGUGGAAGUAGUUGGAGCCUUUGGCCUUCAUACACCAUAACAAUGGAUUUGAUAAGAAGCGCAAGAUCCUGCGCAUUCAGUGCGGCUUUCUUUUAAGAUGCUUCACAAAUACGAUGAUAUUUUCCCUUUAGGUAUAGUCGUCAUUUAACUUCUAAACAUUAGUAAUAUUUCCACGAUUAA